UACUCCUGUUCCGGCGGUCAUCUCGGCUUGUUGCUGUUGCUGUUGCUUGAAUGUCGUUACUUUACUUGACAUUUGUGACUGAUUGAGAAGCUUCCUUUGCUUGCUUCCAGCAAUGUCGAGCUGUUCGACUACUACCUUAACUUUACCUCAUUGGGACGGGGGCUCUCGAAAAAUUCGCUUUAUUCAGCUGGUGAAUCUGACAUCGUUCAGACUGACAGAGUGCUCCAACAAGAGUCCAGUGGUCCCUCUCUUUUUAGGCGCAGAUCUCUUUUCCAACACAGACAUUCGCACAGAGAACCAUCCCAGAUACCAUGCCAAGUUUGCCAAGAAAGGCUUCGCAACAAAAAUACAUUUUUCCUCAGCGUUCAGGUUCCACGGUUUGAAGGUAGCUACUGCAAACAACAGCCUCUGGUUCUACAGCGUUCAAGGACUUUUCCGAGUAGCGUUUGAGAUGUACAGUAAGCAGGAGCAGCUUGCUGUGCUCGAGAACUUCCAGGAUGUUUGGAAAUCACAGAUAAACGUCAGCCCUCUGAAAACGAGCUACAGCCUCAGUGUGCAGCUCGACAAUGCUCUGUCCAGCGUCCUGCAGGUUACAGAAUCCAGGAGUGAAACGCCACAACCUCAGCAUUGCCAGGUUGGCAGGGAAUCGAUGGAUGUAUAUAGCAAUGAAACAGUCGAUGCAUCAGCAGAUCAUGACUACUGUUCCUCUCCCAAGCAGAGAUUGCAAACAGAGCACGGCCAACUUGUUUCGACAGUGAGACAGAAACUACAGAGCUUGGAUCACAAACUCUCCUCCGAGACUCACAGCUACACAGAGCAGCUGGAGACUAUCUUGCUGCUUUUGGAGAACAUUGAGCGGUACAUGAAUGGGAGUCUAGAAGAAAAGGAUGUAACAGAGACUGUCACAGCCCUACUGAAGGCCAAAGACUGGGGCUGUGUGUAUUCAAGUUCCCUGCUUUGCGGUAUAGGACGUUGGCUAGGCCAGCAGUUUCACGCAGCAAACGGCAGCAUCAGCCAGAGAGUGGAGGGCUUUAAAGUUCAGCACAUUGAGCGGAUAAGUGACUUGCCACCUGCUGAAGAACUAGUGACAGAACUUUUCCCAGAAGCCAUGCAGACUCUGCUGCUACACUGGAUGGGCUUAAGUGAGGAGUCCGACCUGGGGAAGAGACACAGCGAGUUCCCCAUCCUGCUCCUCAUCCUCGAGUUUGCCAACCACAACCUCAUCACUGGUGUUGCUCAUGUGCUGUACUCCAGUCUUAUAUGUAAAUAGGAGAUUUCCAUUUCGGCAUUAAGACCAGCAAUUUAACUGAACCUGUUUUUAGCAGUAUUAUAAUAAACAUGUAUAACAUUGUCCUGUAUUUGCUUUGUACUGUCUAGUUUUUUCCACACAGGCCUUCUGUCAGGUUUGGUAACAACUUGGGCUGCAGGACAACUCAUGAUUGUGUUUACCGUUAGUGGAUAAUGUUAAAAUUUUAGAGAUAGUUACUGUUAAACACAAGUCAUGUAUCUAUUAAAUAACUUAAUACAUUUGAUCACUUUUCGAACAAAUGUUUGGGCAUUAAAGAUUGAGAGUCAUUAAACCAGGAGGUGUAAUCUUCCCUAAAGUACUCAUGGGUGAUGAGCAUUAUUUUGUUAGAUUUCAUCAACAUAACUCUGAUAAAUCCCCUCUUUUACUCCCCAACACUGAAUGUAGUAAUCCACUGAUAACACAAUACAAUUAAGUGAGGUGAUGAAAAAAUAAAACAACAUUCAACACAAAACCAAUUUAUUUCAGGAGCAUAUGAAAUAUGUGAUUUCUGCUGCAAAGCCCAUCUUUCGCCAUGGCAAUACUGAGUACAAUAUGUAAUAAAAUCCACUGCUGUGUUUUUCCCGAUCAGGAAAAAAUAAAUCCGAGAGAUUUUGAUAAUGCUGCACUGACUUCAGGUGCCUUUUUUGCUAAAUGGGUGUAAACUGUGUUUACUUGAGCCACAUUAUAUUCUGUUUAUGUUCAAACAAUCACAAAUAUGAGUUAAAAAAAAAAAAACUACCACGUAAUUCAAACAAAUAAUAUAUCUCAAC